AUGCUCAACUCGCCUUCGUUCCUCGGCUAUACCCGUCUGGGUGCCGAGACCACCGCAGCACAAACAGAUCUUCGCGAGCAAUUUGACUUUGGUACCCCAGGAGUAAAACCUUGGACGGAGGAAGACCCCUUUUGGCAGAGGCUGGAAGGACCAAACCAGUACCCGGACUAUCCUGGUGCCCAAGACAUCGUUGAAGGCUAUCUCACAAGGAUCGAUGAUCUAGCCCAAACCUUUGUGCGCCUUGUGGCAGAAUGCCUUUCCCUUCCGGUAGACACAUUCGACGGUUUCAAAGGAAACAUGAGCAGAUUGAAAUUUGUCAAGUACCCGCCCGCCGCGAAGAACUCGCAAGGCGUUGGCCCCCACAAAGACUCGGCAGGUCUCUUCACUUUUUUGUCCCAAGAUAACACCGGUGGUCUGCAGGCACUGAACAAAAAUGGGGAAUGGAUUGACGUUCCUCCCAUAGAGGGGAGCCUAGUGGUCAACAUCCAACAGGGCUUCGAGGCUAUCACAGGGGGCAUCUGUGCAGCCACAACCCACCGAGUCAUUGCCCCUACCACUAGAACCCGCUAUAGCAUCCCGUUCUUCCUCGGAGUCAGGCUGGACUUGACACUUGAUCAGCUCCAGGAGUCAGCGGCCCAUAUUGUCCAACGUAUUCCAGUUUCCGAUGACAAAAAGAAGCGCGCUGUGGAUGUACCAAGUGAAUUCCUUUCGCCUCUGUACUCCUGUUUUGGUGAGGCACACUUGAGAAAUCGUAUCUUGAGCCAUUCUGAUGUUGGGCGUCGCUGGUAUCCCGAGUUGUACGCGACCUAUUCGAAGCAGAACUUGAAAUAG